AUGCCCAAAGCUGCAGGACCGCGCAAGGGCGCCACGCUCAAGCACGACCCGCUCGCCGUCCAGCUGCGAGCCGGCGAGCUCGACGACUCGGGCGUCCUCUCCGCCCCCGGCAAGCGACAGAAGACCAAGAAGCACCACCAGCAGGAGGAGAGGGCGCUCGAUGCGAAGGUCACCCGCAAGGUGUUGGCAAUGGCGCGCGAACAGCAGGAUGAGCUCGCAGACGAGGAUCUGGAGGCUUUCGCGGCAAACGUUGACUCGCGAGACGGCCAAGAGCUUCGCGAGGGAGAGGAGGAGGAGGACGAUGGCGCUUUCAGCGACGAGGACGACUACGAGGAAUACGAAGAGCUCGAAAUCGAGGACGACGACGAAGCCCUUCUCGACAGCUAUGUUCCGCAAGGACAGCUUGAGCCUGGGCGGACACUGGCAGACCUUAUCAUGGAGAAGAUCGGGCAGGCGGAGCAGCCGGCGCCGAGGGAGCUAGCUGAAAGCUCACGCGAACCCCCUCCCGGCUUCAACCCGAAGGUUGUCGAAGUCUACACGAAAGUGGGAACCUUGUUGAGCCGAUACAAGUCUGGCCCUCUGCCGAAAGCCUUCAAGAUCCUUCCGACACUCGCCAUCUGGCCGCAGCUCGUCAUGCUCACCAAUCCGGAGACUUGGACGCCACAUGCGACGUACGCUGCGACACGCAUCUUCGCAUCCAACCUCGAGCCGAAGCAAAGUCAAAAAUUCUACAAGGAAAUCUUGCUGCCGAAGGUCAGGGAGGAGAUUGGCGAGACCGGCAAGCUGUCGGUGCACACCUACAUGGCGCUGAAGAAGGCGAUCUACAAGCCAGCCGCUUUCUUCAAGGGUCUGCUCUUCCCGCUGUGCGAGAGCGGCACGUGCACGCUGCGCGAGGCCGCCAUCCUCGGUUCCGUCUUGACGAAGGUUUCGGUGCCGGUAUUGCAUUCCGGAGCGGCACUCCUCAAGCUGGCCGAGAUGGACUACACGGGUCCGAACAGCAUCUUCAUCCGCGUCCUUCUCGACAAGAAGUAUGCCCUGCCCUACAAGGUCGUCGACUCGCUCGUCUUCCACUUCAUCCGCUUCAAGCGGGAUCCUCGGACCCUGCCAGUCCUCUGGCACCAGGCUUUCCUGGUCUUCGUCCAGCGGUACAAGUCAGACUUGACGGCGGAGCAGAAGGAGGCACUCCUCGAAGUCCUCCGCUACAAAUCGCACCACCAGAUUACACCCGAAAUUCGGCGCGAAAUCACCCACAGCGUCGCUCGCGGAGAGGAGAUCCUGCAAGCGGACACGAUGGAGGUCGAGAUCCAGUAG